GUGACCUGAAGGCGGAAGCUGUCACAUAAACAGAAAGUUAGCAUAAAAGAAAACGCCUGUACUUAAAUUGAUCUUUUUUUUUAAUCUGUUAUCUUGGUAUAUUGUGUAUAAGUGCGUGGUUAGUCAUGGCUUCGAGUCAUGCAAAGGAUUCCAGCUUUUUAGGAGGCAGGAUACCACCAGAAAUAGAGUCAAUGUCGAAAAACCUCAAGGAUGUGGACCAAGAGAUAUUCAGAAAAAUCCUGAAAGCUGUGGUCAGUGCCCUGGAGGGGAAGGACUGCAGAGAAGUGAUGAAGGCGAUAGCAGAGAGCAGUACCAUCCCACAGGAGAGGCUCAGUCACAUCAUAGCUGGGAUGUACAGAGUGCUGUCUGAAGCCAUCCGCAUCCCCACAUCAUCACUCAAACAGGAGGCCUUCAAAGAAGAUCUCCGAGAAUUAAGGAUACCUGAAGACUUUAUCACAGAUUUCUCCAGUGUGGUUUUUGGAAAUCGCCGUGCAGCUUUAGAGGUAGCGACCUCCCAGAAUGAUCCUCACCUGCCCACCAUAGAAGACUUUAAAUGGAGAGUGGAUGUUGCCAUUUCUACAAGUUCUUUAGCCAGGGCGCUGCAGCCUUCUGUGCUGAUGCAGAUUAAACUGUCCGAUGGGAGUUUUCAUCGUUUUGAGGUGCCAGUGUCUAAGUUCCAGGAGCUUCGUUACAACGUGGCAUUGAUUCUCAAAGAGAUGAAUGAUCUGGAGAAGAGGAGCAUUCUCAAAAUCCAAGAUUGAUGCACCAUUAGGGAAGUUAGUAAAUUAAACUCUCUUUUCUACUUGGCUUUAGUUUUAAGAGAUUUAUUGGAAUCUUGUAAAUUAACUCCACACAGGAAAUCGUUCAUUUUAAUGAUUUCAGAUAUAUUAUAAAUAAUAAUAAUAAUAAUAUUGAUUUGUCUGUCAUGAUGUUAUGCUUUGGGGAUGUUGGCAUCCAACACAGCCGACUGUCGACAGUGUCAAAUGAUGAGAGCAGUGAAGGCGGGACAGUCAGCAGUUUCCUGUGUGUCAGCCUGUAUUUAAAAACAAAUCUAUAAAACCAGACUGUAUCACUGUAACUAGACUGAUUUUUUUUCUACUCAUGUUUUUAUACCUGUUCUUCAAACCAGCGACAGAACAAAAAGGAUUAUAGCACUGUUGUAUAAAAAGUAAAAGAAUGAUUUUUCUGUUAUUUUGUAUGUUUUCCAUAAUAACAUUGAGGAUUUUUACCUCUUGAACCACAUUUCUCUAAUAAAAUGUUUCUCAGUCUGUUAUUUUA